AUGGAAUCAAAAGCUUUGCUAAGAUCAAAGAAGACAGCACAGAUAGAAGAGGAGGAAUCAAGGUCUGGUGCCACAAGUGGAUUAUCUAUUGGUGUACCAGGACAAGUCAAAGGAUUGUAUGAAGCUCAUCAACAGUUUGGUCGUUUAUCUUGGUCAGAGCUUAUUCAGCCAUCUAUUGAAUUAGCUGAAAAAAGGUUUACUCGACCUGUGUUAAUGAGUCGUUUUGAUGAUGACAUGACAAUUCAUAGUUUUCCUCCCCCAGCUAGUGGUGCAAUGUUAGCUCUAAUAUUGAAUAUACUAGACAAUGAAAACCUACAAUAUAAUUCACCAUCUCUCGGAACUACUCAUGUUUGUGUUCUGGAUGAACAUGGUGAUGGAGUGGCAAUUACUAGUACCAUAAAUUACUA